AUGGAUGUUGAUAAGUGGAAAAACGAUUUUUUAACUUCUCUCAAUAACAACGCGGAAAAUGCAGACAUUCAAAGUAAAUUUUACCCAUGGUUUAAAGAUAAAGGGAUCAUCAACAAUCUGCGAGCACACAUAAGAGAACAGAUGAUCACUACUCUAGAAGACAGCUCUACAUGGAACACUAACAAAAGAAAUGUCACCUCCCCAAAGAUUCAGGCCAUCAACCUCUUAGUUGCUGAUUUUCUGAUGAACCAAGAAAAUGUGUUCACAUUGUCCGUGUUCAUUACGGAAGUACCGUUAUUGGGCAAUUUACAUGAAUUCUCUUCCUAUGUAAAUCGUUUGGGUGAUAGCACUCGAAAAAUUCCAGUCACCAAGCCUAGUUUUCAAUUAAAUGAUGUUCAGGAUAUUUUAGAAGCAUUAGGCAUUCAACCAAAUUCUGAUAUCACCGAAUUGACGUGCCAAUACUAUUUUAAUGAAAAACAAGUUCAUUCAUUGUUGGCUUGCCUAUUCAAAUCAAUGACUACUAUAAAAAAUAAUCUCAGUCAAGACAAUGAAGUUAAAAUCAAUCAAAAUUGUAAAGAAACAAACAAAUCUAAUAACAUUGAGAGUAAUACUUUUGAACAUAGAUUAAAUAGUUGGCUGGUAAGUGUCGAUGACAUCCUGUGCUCAUUCAAUUUAAAAGAAGGACAGAAAAAUACUUUGAAAAUAUUAUUAAAAAAGUACCACCAAAAUGUAAAUGCUCAAGAAGAAACCAAGUACAAAGAACACCUAAAAAAACUAGAAAGACAGAACAAGGAAAUGGUAGAGAAAGUUGCUGAUGUAGAACAAAUGCUGGCUGCACAUUUUCAUUCUCGAGAUAGUCAAUUUUUGUUUCAAAAAGAAGAAGUAGAACAUGCCACACAACAGCUCCGUUUAGAACAACAGCAGCUCUAUCAAUUAAUUAAUGUAAUUGAAGAAAAAGAAAAGUUUGUGCAGGAAAAAUUGAAUAGGUCAGAAGAAGAACACAAAAAAAAAUUACAAGACAUUGAAAAUCAAAAAUUUGAAUUAAGAUUAAAAGAAAUGAACAUUUUGAGACAUGAAAAAAUGUUAAAAAAAGAAUCACUAAAUUGCAUGAAUGAAACAAAAAUUUGUGAGACCAGUCAAAUUAAACUGCUGCAAGAACAAAACAUUGAUUUGGCAAAACAAUUAGGGGAAAUAAAAUCUAAACUUGACGAGUUUGAAAGAUAUAAAAAAGUUGAGCAAACAUGUUCAAAAGAUUUUGAUAAUAACAUACAAAUAAUAGAUUCUUCGUUGGUACAGGAUCGAGAAUUGGUGAAAAAAUUGCAAAAAGACAAUGACGAGUUGCGUGAAUUUAUAAAAGUCCAGCGACUUAGGAUUGAAGAAUUAUCAAAUAGAGCAUCAAAUUUGGCAAAACAAAUUGAAAAAACUCAUCAAAUACCAUCAACUAAGACAGACUAUGAAAAUAGAAAUGUAAAAAAAAAACUAUGCUUUGUUGACGAUUCCAGUAAAAAAAACCGUUUUACCAACCAGAACAUUUCUUCAACAACUACAGAUUACUCAACAACUGUUUUAGAGUCUGAUAAUCUAACAGAAGAUGAUAUAAUACAAGAAGCCGAAUCCAGACUGAAAACUUUAGAAAUUAAUACAGCAAAAAUAGAACAAGACUUGAAAAAUUUCCAAAUAAAUCGUUCACGUCAUAACAUAGAUUUCAAAUUAAUUAGAGACAAUGGAAAAUCAUACAACAAAAUUCGUUCAAACUUUUCAGACGAAUCAGAUUUAGAUGCAUUGAAACGUAGCACUAAUAAGAUUAAUUUAAAAGAGCUUGCCAACAAGAUUGAUUAUCACCGAUCAAUUAGGCGAUCCAUGAACCAUUCACAGUCUGAAAAUGAUACAAGCCCUGAAAUCUUACGAAAUACUAAAUUUCAGGAUCAUACGAAUUCCACAAAUAUUUCGCCAAUAAAAUUAUUGUCAUCCAAUAUUAGAGAAAAUUAUAUGUUCAAAGAAUCACCUGUAAAUAAAGUUAGUUCAAUAACUGAGUCUCCAAUUAAAAAAUCCAAUUAUCAUUCUGAAAUUUCUCAGAAUAGAUCUAAUAUAUCUACUCAAUUGCCAAAAGUCAACAAAUUACAAAUUGAAUCAGAUGCAACAAACACGCUUCUUCCUGAUACUAACAAUGAAGUUCAAAACAAUGAUAAUGUUGAUUCACAAUUGUUUAAACAUACAGAAAUGAUUGAUUCACCACAUAAACAAACAUCUGUACAGCAAGACCGUUCAAAUGGAGUGGAUACUUUGUCAACGAGUAAAAAAUUACAAGAAAGUGAUCACUCAAUUUCAUUUGGUAGUAAUAAAACAGAUAAAUCUUCAGACUUUUGGGCAUAA